AUGAGAGUCGAGUCUGGUUGGACUGCCGACAACUCCAUCUCUUGUCUUCUUUUUUUCGCUCGAAAGACACCACCACCGCUGCCUCGCCUUUCUUUCUAUGUUCGUCUGAUAUUUCUGCUCCCCGCACCACUGGCCAAAUGCAAGGUAUGUCGCUUCUCCUCGUCGUCCACACCGUCCUCACCCGCUCCAGAUGGCCAUCCCCAGCACAUCCCAAACGGCCAUCCGACGCAGCCACAACACCUCCCGCCCCCGCCCCCACUCCCCCAGCCGACCCAGCACAGGCCACAGCUCAAGGCCCCCAUCACCGUCGUCGGCAUCCCCAGCGUCUCCGUCCAGGACAACCGUCUCGUUGUCGGCUCAUCCCAGAGCAGGUCGACGCGCUCCUACACGCCCCUCAAGGUUCUCGGUGAUGGAUCCUUUGGCACCGUCUGGCUCUGCGAUUGGCAUGGAACUCUCCCUCCGAAUACACCUCUCUCGCCCAUGCAGUGUGGAGCAGGGGCACGCCCGGACUGGGCGGGGAAGCGGUUGGUGGCAGUCAAGCUCAUGAAGAAGAGAUGGGAGGGCGGCUGGGACGAGUGUCAGAAGUUGAAGGAGCUUGAGUCUUUGCGUGCCAUUCCUUUCCACCCCAAUGUCAUUCCCCUGUAUGAUUUCUUUCUUCUGCCUGAUACAAAGGAGCUGUACUUUGUUUUCGAGUCUAUGGAGGGCAAUUUGUACCAUCUCAUCAAGGCUCGCAAAGGCCGCCCUCUCGCAGGUGGCCUCGUAUCUUCAAUAUUCCAUCAAAUCGUGCUCGGGUUGGACCAUAUCCAUACGCACGGCUACUUUCACCGCGAUAUGAAGCCGGAGAACGUCCUCGUCACUACCACUGGCCUUUUCGAUUACACCUCCCUCUCGCCAAUUGCGCCGCCGAAUGCACCAAAGGAAAAGGAUGUCGUUGCAAUCAUCAAACUCGCCGAUUUUGGUCUAGCUCGGGAAACGAAGAGCAAACCGCCUUACACGGAGUAUGUUUCAACAAGGUGGUAUCGCGCUCCAGAGGUUCUUUUGCUGAGCCGCGACUACUCUAACCCUGUCGAUAUGUGGGCUUUUGGUACCAUUAUGGCUGAGCUCGUCAACCUCCGCCCCUUGUUUCCCGGCUCAGAUCAGGUCGAUCAAGUGGCACGUAUAUGCGAAAUUUUGGGUGAUCCAUCGGACGCCUACGGAGUUGACAUGUUUGGCAGUCGGAUUGGAGGUGGUCCAUGGGCGAAAGGGAACAAAUUGGCAAAUGAGAUAGGUUUUCAGUUCCCCAAGGUCGAACCCAAGGACUUCUAUGCACUUUUUGCAGAGACAGUACCAAGGUCUCUUAUUGACUGCAUCAGGGAUCUCCUUAGGUAUGAUCCUGACAAACGCCUGACUAGUCGACAAUGUCUCGAGCACCGCUAUCUCUUCGAAACUAUACCCCGCAACCAUAUUACCCUUCCCUUCGCAAUUCAAGGAUCAGUCUCCAAUACAUCUAUUCCCAACAUAUCAACCUACGUCAAUGGCACUCACUCGCAACCCUCCCUUCCAACUCUCUCGCCACAGCAUCCACCGUUACCGCCGCAUUCGCAUUCCAGUCAGAAUCUACAUCAACCACAGCCCAUUAUUGAUCCCUCCACCACCCAUCGCAUACCUUACCCUAUACCUCCUGCGCCCCAGCCCCAAUUCCCCAUAUUACCCAACCCCCCUAUCGUUGUUGCGCAUAAUGAUUACCGACAUCCUCCUAAUGGUUGGCCCGCUUCGCAAGCCGACUAUCCUAUGGAUGUUUCCACUCAAGAACCGCCUAAUCCCCACCAGCAUAUCAACGGACAUACCCAUGAGGCGCAAGAUUCUGCCAUGCUUCAGGACCAUACUUCUCCCCCUGCACCCCAACCUCAACAUGCAUCGAGUGUACAGUCACAACAUGGAAACAAAUUUGGCAAAUUUGUGUCUCUCAAGAAGAACAGCAAGUGGGGUCUUAGUAUGUUUGUCGGUGACAAGUCCCAUCACAACACCCUUCCUCCUGUGGACGAAACUAGUCCGGCCAUCAUUUUCCCGUCACGGAAGCGUGCACAGUCGUCAAGUACUGACAGCAAGUCCCUACGCGAAUCAUCGCCUGUCCGCGAACAGCCAGUCGAUCAACGUAACUCGAAGAAGGUUCAGAAUAUGAACAAGAAAGAGGCUGAACGUCUUCAUCGUGAAGCUGAGAUGGCGAAACGCGAGUUGGCGAGAAUGAAUGCGCGAGAACAGGCGCGGAGUGUGUUGAUUAAGCGUCAGCAGAUGGUGCACCAUAACAACCUUACCGAUGAUCUGGAAUGGGUUGGUGGUCCUGAUCAGCGUUUGGAGCUCAAGGACUCCAAAGGCAAGCAGCCCUCUUCUGGGCCGGUGCGUCAGCAAGUAACCAACGGAAACGCUGCCCCAUCUUCAACGUUGGGUGCUGCCGCAGGCAAGUUUGUCAUGCAGCAAAAUGAUCCUUUGCUGUCACCGCUAGAUCGUGAUCGUGACCGUGAAUGGCGAGGGUCGCAGGAACGCGAGCGUUUCGCCAAAGCUCGGCGGCGAGAAUUCGAUGACGACCAUUCCAUGUCAUCUUCUGAUAUGCACAGUGUUAGCCGGAUGUCCUCAAUAUCAUUUGCGACUGUGGAUAGCGAUCCUGGGCCGUCGUCUCGUUUGCGCAACCGGCCGAGUCUGUAUAAUAUUAGUAGAAUGACGUCUCGUUCUUCACUACGGACAUCGUUUGAUGACUUUCCUCCGUCUGCUCGCUCUUCUAAUUCGUUUUCACUAGAGGGUCAAUUGGCUCAUGAUUUCCGGACGCAGGCUUCUGUUUCAUCUCAUUUAUCUGGAAGCGUUUCUCCUCCUCCCAUUCAAUUACUUUCUCUUUCUCCGACUAUGUCUCCUCCUUUAUCUCCCUCUCCAGCGUGGGUGCAAAUUCAACAGCACAAGGAAGGUCUUCUUUCCCGAACGCAAUCUCCUCCCUUCGUCGCCGUAUCCCCCCGGUACUAUACAAAUCCAAGCGCUCCUCAUAGCCCUCUGGAUCUGCAUAGUCAACUUCCUCCUCUGCCCGCCAGCCCCUAUGGGCACCCACCGAGUUCAUACGGAGGGUAUCCACCAAGUUCGGGACAUACACCCAAAUCCGCAAAAUCGGCUAUAAACCCAAUAUUCAAAGUGCCUCCAUUACCCCCACCACCACUACCACCGUUGACGGGUGACGAUCGACUGAAACCCUUGCCCCCAUUUUCCCAACUGGACGCAGUUGCGGGAGGAGAAUACCCUCCGCUCUCUCCUAUAGUUUUCACAACCCCAGAAGAAGUUUGA